GACGGGGAGGGGGCAAGGUAGCUUCUGUGAGAUGCUUUUCUGAAGUAAUGCUCCAGCUAAUGUGCCUGCCUGCUUGCUGCCUUAGUGCAGGCUGCUCCUCUAAAGCCCCGCUGCUGUUAAAACGAGCACGUAAUCAUUCACUGCCUGUGUGGAAGCAGCUGCCUGCUGCACAUCGUGUCGGAGUCCUGCGCUCGGUGGAAAGUUUGCUUCAGCGGGGACUCUGCAGCUGCGCUGCGCUUGCUUUGUUGGCUUCCUCUGCCUCUCAACUUCUAAUCCGCAUGAUCGACAGCGAAGGCUCUCCUGUGACAGUGAGAAGUGUCGGCAGCACAGAGAUAAAUGACAGCGAGGGGCACCCGAGCAGCAGCCAUCAAACCUUGAAAGGAACCUCAAAAUGGGCUACAUCGCUAGAGAACCUCCUGGAAGACCCAGAAGGAGUGAAACGAUUUCGGGAAUUUUUAAAGAAGGAAUUUAGUGAAGAAAAUGUUUUGUUCUGGCUGGCAUGUGAAGAGUUUAAGAAAACACAGGGGAAAAAACAGAUGCAAGAAAAAGCUAAAGAGAUUUACAUGACUUUCCUGUCCAGUAAAGCUUCCUCCCAAGUCAAUGUUGAAGGGCAGUCCCGGCUGAGUGAGACCAUUUUGGAGACCCCUCACCCUCUUAUGUUUCAGAAGCUCCAGGACCAGAUAUUCAAUCUGAUGAAAUACGACAGCUACAGCCGCUUCCUAAAGUCUGACAUCUUCCUAAACCUGAAGAAGUGUGAGGAGCAAGAGGAGAACCCUCCAGAAGCUCAGACUGCAGCCAAGAGAGCGUCAAGAAUUUACAACACAUGAUAAGGGAUCUCCUCAGGAGAAGGCCACACCAUAACUGAAUUACACUCAGGAACAAUUUAGGUUUAUAGCAGUUGCAUUUAGGGCUUAAGAAGCUCCAAACCUUUUUAGGAGAUACUUACCUUCUUCAUUGCUAGAAUGACUAAUUCCUCUUUGCAUGCUGGCUAAUAAAGCAGCACCCCUGGGGUGCUAAAAGGCUGGGUAUUCUCCAGAGCAUGAACUGCAUUGCGUGUUUCACAAGUUAAAGUGCUUUUCACUCUUUGUCUUGCCUUUUGUGAAGCGUUGUGAUGAUAAACGGCAGUCAGGGUGGUUGGUUUCCCUUAUUUUUGCCUUGCAGUUUUUCUUUGUGGCCAGCUUUUACAUCCUGCCUUGCUGGGAGAAGCUAUUGAGGAGUACAUUGCACAGCGUUUUGUGAAGGAGUCUUUCAGAGCAAACUUUUCUCAUGAAGGGACAGCACCUUUCAGGCUUCAGCUCAGCAGCACUUUUGAGGGUGCAGCUCAGUCCUUUGCAACGUGGCUUUGCUCUUUCAGGGUGAUACCUUCUUGUGCUUUGCCUUAAUUGUUCAAUCCAAAGGCUUCUGUAGCCAUGAGUUUAAUUUAUGCAUGUCUUAAAUUUGACACAUCUUUUUUUUUUUUGCAGUAGACAAUCACCUUCAGAGAAUGGAGUAACCUUGGGAAAAAAAGCUCUAAGAUAGAAUCUUGGAAGAGCUCAUAACAAUCAUUAGGAAACCUGACAGUGACUAUCCCACUCUGAGCACCUGCUGUCAACAAAGCUUGACCAGGGCUUGUCCUGCACGUCAGCAUAACAGCAGUGUCAGAUGCUGGUGUUGGGGAGCAUCUGGUCUGACAAGAAUACUUUGGCAAAGAACCAACCAGCCAAGGCUGGCUUUGUUUUACUGUUUUUUCGGUACUAAAAUCCUGCUGCCUGAUUUUUUUUACUAUCUUUUUUUCACCAGAGAAGUAUUUCAGGGGUUCCUAAUUGUAGCUUUGGCUAGCUGCAGUGGGCCAGGAAGCCAACGCUGUGGUUUAGCCAUGCUCACAGCAAGCUUGAGAAAAAGGGGAAUUUAUUGCUGCCCAGAGCCUCUAUCAAAGAAGUGUCAGAGUGGUAAAGGAAGAUGCUCCCAAUGAGCCUUCCUUGUCUGACUGUGUUAGACCUGCAAAGCAGAUUUGGGCAUACAAUUUUUCAUGUUUUCUUCUGUUGCUUUAAUGUUACUAAAUUGCAGUUUCAGUUGGGAAAGCUUCUUAGAACUCUUAGCUCUGUGCUCUCUGCUUGCAAGCUUUGCAGUGUGUAGCCAUCAGCUGUCUCACGUUCUCUUUGUUACUCACUCCUUUGUGUUUGACACUGCUGCUUUCAAUCUAGCUUGAGGUGUCCCUGCCUAUGACAGUGGGGUUGGAACUAGAUGAUCCUUGAGGUCCCUUCCAGCCCUGACGAUUCUAUGCUUUAUCCAUGUCCUCACUAAUCUAAGUGCACACUUUAGCUGUAGAGUGGGUUUUUUUUCCUGUCAGAAAGGCCAGAUCUCUUUUGUCUGUUACUGUUGCUAUCAACAACUUAAAACACAGACUGUAAUUUUUGAGGAUACAAACUCACUUAGUAGACUUGAUUAUUUCUUUUUUAGCUCUGAGCCACUCUUGCAGAUAAUGUGUACAGAAAAUUGUUUCCAAGAGCUCUUCCCUAGUUGGAUGUAAGAAUGGGGAUGGGAAUUCUAGUUCCUCCUCCAGAAUUAAAUGGCCUGUUGUUUUCUAGAAAAUCAAAGGCAAGGUCAGCGCCUCCAAAUGUAUGUUUUUGAGAUGUGCUUUUUGUGCACUGAGUUAGUUUUCCUUUUACAGUCUCAAAAGAUCUAAUGGUGAAGUGGCAAUCUUGCUUCAGGCUCUUUCACUGGUGUUUGACCUCAUGCUUCAGCUGUGUUUCAACGUUUUGCUGAAUGGGAAGGAAGUAAGCACAUGCAUGGAUCCUUUUGUUGUGUUGGGGUGAGACCAUCCAGUUCUGGACUUGCCCAACUCUUUAUCAUCUUAGGAUGACCUCUUUGGAAAACCCAAUGUAGUAACAAGCUCAUAAUGCCUGCCACAGGCAUGGAACUGCUGAUGCCAUCAGUCUUAGAAUCAACCAGGUUGGAAGAGAUCUCCAAGAUCAUCCAGUCCAACCUAGCACCCAGCCCUAUCCAGUCAACUAGACCAUGGCACUAAGUGCCCCAUCCAGUCUUUUCUUGAACACCUCCAGUCUCUUCCCAAUAGAUGCAGUUGUCUUGGUGAUACCAAAUAAUGCAUGAUGGGACCUUCAUGGGCAAAAUGCAGAAUGAGCUCUUCCCACAUCCAUCACUUGGCUGCUCAGUCACUUUUAAUCACACUGGUUUUAACAAUGCAUGAGUGAGGGAGAGGCGUCUUUGGCUAUCACACCUUAAAGCAGGAGUACCAGAUAAAACUAGGAGCUGUAUGAACAAUGGUAGGGCAUCAAAGAGAGAAAACUCUUGCUUGUAGCUUCUUCUAAACAAAAUUUUCCUUGGCAGUACCCAUCAGGUACUGUCUUUAUUGGCUCGUUAAGAGCCAAUGCCCCAUAGAAGUAGACACAAAGAUGCUUUGCCCUGCUAGCUACCAAACGUUACUCAAAUGGAAAUGUACUUCUUAGCAGCAUCUCAAUGCCUGUGAUGUUUAUUUCAAUACCGAUGAUGAGCUGAAAUCCACAAAAAAAUCUUCAUCUUUGCCUUAGCAGUAGAAAAAAAUGUCAAUUUCUCAUUUGCUCUCUUUCUUUCUGGUGCCUGGUUCUGGUUUAUUUCUGAGACGAAAGCCAACAACUCGAUUUGCAAGGUACAGAAAUCAAAGGUUGGGGUUUUUUUUUUGUUGUUUUGGGUUUUUUUUUUUCCUAUCUGUUAAAUUAUUUGUAUUUUCUGCUACCAGAGCAAUCAAAGCAAAGCCAUGCAAGCAGGUGUCUGUAGCUGCAGCAUGUAUUUAUGUGGGGAAGGUUGUUUUGCUUCUGUUGCUAGCAUCGCUGAUCAGGCUUGCUUUGCGAGGUGGGUGACGUUUUCUCUCUGUGUGGCACAGAACAAGUGGCACAGACAGAAAAAGAACGUGAGUUUCCCCUCCAACUAAACCCUGCAUUCCAGGAACAGCUUGUAAACAUUGCAUGGAACCUCAGGCUGGAAAGUGGAUGCUCAAGAGUUGCUUUAUGUAGAGAUUAAAGAUAGAAUCUGCUCCUCGUCACUGAACUUAACAUUGAAGCACAGAAAAGCAAGCAAGAGAAGCUUUCUGCCUGGCUGCAUGACUUAAACUAUUGUGUGUUUCUCAGCUGGAAAUUAAAGCAUUCUACAAAUGCACCAAA